AAUGCUCCCUUGCCCUAGCAUAGUUUACCCCCAAUUUUUACCCAAAAUAUUUACGUCGACCUUCCUCGUUACUAAGGGCUAGAGAAGAAACGUUACACAUUCUCUGGGUUACGGUUAGGGUUUGGAGAGGAGCAAAUAAUCGAGGGAUGGGUUCUCCAGCUAAGAAGAAAAUGAGGGUUCUUGAUACUGAAGUAGAUAGACUCAGCAGCUUGCCUGAUGAUCUGAUUCACAAAAUCCUCUCGUUUCUUGAUGCGAAAGAAGCACUUCGAACCAGCGUUCUCUCGAAAAGAUGGAAGCUUGUGUGGACUACUCUCCCUUUUCUCAAUUUUGGUGAGUAUCAAUACUCUUCAUAUCUGAACACAUGUAGCUUGAUCGACCAUGUUAUGAAGCACAGGCACCGUCAAUCCCAUAUUUAUCAAUUGAGUUUAUGUGUUUCAAAGAAUGGACCUACAAAAGGGUUGGUUCAACAGUUUAUCGCUCAUGCAAUCUCGCGCAAUCUCGAAAACCUAAGUCUUGAGUUGAAAUAUAAACACACUAUGUCUUAUAAGCUAUCCACUUUAAGCUCUAAGUUGUUAAAGAAACUUACUCUGGGAGUCAGACUUGAAGACUUUGCUUCGGAAUCAGAUCGCUGGGAUCUACCUGCUUUAACGUAUCUUCACUUGAAACGCCCCAUUUGGGAUGGUAAAUACAAUGUACCUGACUCAUGUUUGACUUGCUUGCCUGCUUUAAGAACACUGUGUCUGGAUAAUUGGGAUUUUUCAAAAUCGUCGUUUUCUUUUAGUUUGCCGGAUUUAACAACUCUUCGUUUGUCUGGGUGUUGUAAAUUCCCUCGAAAAAUUUGGAACUUCCCAGCUUUAUUAAGUCUAGAGCUAGAUAAUGUAGUUCUUAUGUGGAGUUGUAUGGACAUAUCAGCACACCUUCAAUUUUCUUUUCCUCAAUUGCUCAACCUGGACAUUAGAACCCGCUUCUCUGAUUCUAAAGUUUCGUUUCAAAUUUCCGCACCAAAACUCUACAAUUUUAGGUCUGUUGGUAUCUUUUCAAUGAGGCUUGAGGCUCCUGUGUUGGAAAAUGCGAACAUGAAGUUACAGGGUUGGUUUGGGAAUUUGGAAUGGAUAUACAGAAAGCGAUAUUAUCUAAGGUUCCAAGAUAUGCUUUCACAACUUGGUAAUGCCAAAAAUCUUACUUUUGACUUGGAGAGCAUUGAGGCACUCUCUAUGAUUUCCGACAACUUUGCCGGUAAACCUUCUCCAUUCCAUAACUUGAAGUGUAUAAAGUUACCACAUGAAUGUAGUGAAUCAAGUAUACCAGGUGCUCUUAGAAGCUACUUAAUUGGCGGCUCUUCAGCAGGGACCAUUGUGACAACAUUUCCUUGGGGGAGAAAUGAAAAAACACUUGAUGAAGCCAUUAUUAAUGAUGCAUGUGCGCGAAAUGUUUUGGAGGGAUACCAGACUAAAGGAAUUGAGGGGAUCGAGAUUCUGCUUGAUUCAUAUCAAAAGAUACAACGGAAAUUAGUUGUGCGGAUAAUUGAAGAAAAGUAUCGAGCGGAAUGUAAAGAACCUCUUCAAGAACUAGCAAAAAAAUUCAAGGAUCUUAACAAUGAUUACAACAAGAUCGUUGAAUGUGUUUUAGAUGGUUCUAAGUAAAACAGAAUCAAGUUUGUAGAUGGAAAAACUUUAUCAUUUCACUUUUUUGGAAGACUUUUUUAGUUGGAAAUUUAAUAUUAUCAGAUUCUUAA